AUGGCCCCAUCACCUCACCAACAACACUCGCAGCUCGUCAUCGACCCUGACACUGUUCCGGCCGGGGGAGAAGAGGUCAGGAGCGAGGCAGAGUCCCGAGAAGAUGCAAAGCUACUGAAAUCUAUGGGCUAUAAGCCAGUCCUUCAUAGGACAUACACAUUACUUGAAAACUUCUCGACGACAUUCGCUGCACUCUACUUUGUUGGAGGAGUGCGCGUCACUUAUAGUACGGGUAUCGCAGCAGGUGGUAACCUGGCUUACUGGACGAGUUAUCUAGUCACUUUGGUUUUCACAUACAUUACCGCUGCUGUCAUCGCGGAGGUAUGCUCUGCCUCGCCCUCCGCGGGCUCUAUCUACUUGUGGGCCGCGGAGUCUGGAGGCCCUCGCUUUGGAAGGCUACUCGGAUUUGUGGUUGCUUGGUGGAGUACUACUGCCUGGACGACCUUCUGUGCUAGCAACACCCAAUCUGCUGUCAACUACAUGCUCUCGGAACUGACGGUCUUCGACGUCGACUUCCCGAAAGACACAUCCAGUGUCAAGUUCCGUGCUGUCCAGUGGAUCUGCACGGAAGUGUUGCUAGCAUUGGCCGCACUUCUCAACUACCUGCCGCCUAGGUUCUUCAAAUGGGUGUUUUACUUCUCGUCCUUCAUCGUCAUGCUGGACUUCUUCCUCAAUGUCAUCUGGCUGCCGAUUGGUGCCGCCAACACAUGGGGUUUCCGCACGGCUGAAGAGGCAUUCAUGUCCACCUACAACGCCACAGGUGCCCCUGCAGGCUGGAACUGGUGUCUUUCCUACCUCGCUACUGCCGGUAUCCUGAUCGGUUUCGACGCCUCUGGUCACGUUGCGGAAGAGACCAAGCAUGCUUCGGUGACGGCAGCACGUGGUAUCUUCUGGAGUACUGUCGUCAGUGGCAUUGGUGGACUAGCAACUAUCAUUCUGUUCCUCUUCUGUGCACCCGACAACGACACUCUCAUGUCCUUCGGCUCCCCCCAGCCAUUCGUGCCCCUCUACGCCGUCGUCCUCGGCAAAGGAGGCCACAUCUUCAUGAACGUCAUCUGCAUAGUCGCAUUGUGGCUCAACACAGCGAUCGCCAUCGUCGCCGCCUCCCGCCUCGUCUUCGCCGUCGCCCGCGACGGUGUCCUCCCCUUCUCCAGCUGGGUUUCCAAAGUCCACAACGGCCAGCCCCGCAACGCCGUCAUCGUAGUCUGGGGCGUCUCAGCACUCAUCAGCUGCACGCUCCUACCCUCCGACGUCGCCUUCACAUCUCUCGUCUCCGCCGCCGGUGUCCCUAGCGCCGCCGCAUACGGGCUCAUCUGCCUCGGCCGACUCCUCUGCACCCCGAAACGCUUCCCCAAGCCCGAGUGGAGUCUCGGUCGCUGGAGCAAGCCGUUCCAGUUCAUCGGUGUCUUCUGGAACGGCUGGGUGGUAGCUGUGCUAUUCUCGCCUUACGAGUUCCCCGUCACCGGCGCUAAUCUAAACUACGCCCCAAUCAUCAUGGCCGGUGUGACCAUCUUCGCUCUAAUCUCCUAUUUCAUCACCCCCGAAAGCGCCUGGUUGCCUAUUGACCGCAUCUCGCAUUUCAUCGAUAGCAAGGGUGCUGCGACCGAAACCGUCGAGGAAGUUGGUAGUGGUGAUAAUCAUCAUCAUCAUCAACAGCCUGAGGCGACGACGUCUUCUUCCGGGAGGGAGGAGAACUGA